AUGGCUACCAGAACCACCUAUGUACACGAGCAUGUCUACUAUCUUGCGCUUGCGGGUUUGAUCAUUCCCGGUUCCUUUGAGGUAGAUGUCGAAAUGUGUCAAUGCACUACUUCGGCACAAACUACGUCUUCGAGCGAUAGGAUACAGUAUCGGAAGAUGAAUGUGUCCGCCAGAAUCUUCUACAGAAAUGACUGGCAUCGAUUUUUGGUUAUUGAGGCCAAAGGAUUUCAAAAGGAUUGGAGCCCUCCCGAAACUAGAAUCAUCCUGAUAAGUGGUAUAAAACCCUGUAUUCAAUGGGUGAAAGACGGUCCAGGUGCCAACGACGAGCCCACCACCUUACUCCAUUCGAAAGGGCCCGCUGUUCCGAAGAAUCGACCAGGCGUCGAAAAUGUGGACGCAGGACCUUCUUGUGGUUGUCAAGACCGCUAUCGGAAGUGUGGGGGUGAAGGUGGACUCUGCCUACAUACAGGACCCGAGCCCGCAGCAGGAUACUUGAGAUACUUGACUGGGGAUUGUCGAAAUGCUCUGUAUUUUAAUUUGAUCAACGUGCGAGAGGGUGACAAUGUGGUAAUCGGCCAGCAACGGCCGCGACGCCAAUCCGGGCUAAGAACACCAUGGUAA